AUGAACAUGGCUCAGAAAUGCAUUCUGCUUAUAACUACAGCGUUCUCCAUAGUGACAAUCGUUCAUAUCUUCUGUGACAAGAAUCACAGUGGAGAAAGAAAAGGUAGAUACUAUUUCCCCCGAUGGAAGAAAGCUGUGCCUAACAUAACAUGCCAUAAUUCACAUAAAUCUCUAAAUAACGAUACCUUACCAUCAGUAGAAGACAAAAGUUUCAAUCCGAAAAGCAAAUCAAUAUUCUUCCACGAGACGUCGUGCCGCGGCGGCGUGGACUCGCGGCAGGCGUGUGCCGUGGAGUCCGCCGCCAGAGCCAACCCUGACUGGGAAGUGUACUUGCUGUUUAACGCGCCCGUCUCUGACGCGAUGCUCAAGAAGAGCUGCCUCGUCAAGCUGCUGCAGUACAGCAACGUCAGGCUGGCCAGGAUACACGCGGCCAGCUUCUCUAAGGAGUCCGCCGUGCAGCAGAUAGUGAGGAGCAAGCUGCCUCACAGUCGGUACCCGGUCGAGCACAGCGCUGACAUCAUGAGGAUGCUCACGCUGCACCGGUGGGGAGGACUCUCCUUAGAUCUUGAUAUGUUGGUAGCAAAGUCAUUCAAUAACCUACCAAAAAACUGGAUUGUGAAAGAAACUAUCAAGGAGCUAUCGACAGGAGCUAUGGCGUUUUCAAGAGAAGGAAUCGGACACAAUUUCACUGGCGAAGUGCUUAAAGAAAUGUCUAAGAAAUAUGACAAUAAGAGCUGGUCUGGCAAUAGUCCCUUAAUAAUACAGAACGUGCUGCGUCGAUACUGUAACCGUACCGUGGAUAAAUACGGCUUUUGCAAUGGCGUCAACAUCUUCAGGCAUGACAUGUUUUACCCGAUUCAUUACGCAUCAACCGCCUCAUACUUUGAAGCGAAGCCACUCAACUUAACUUAUGAACCGUACACGUAUCAUUUAUGGAAUGCACUGACGGAGAUCUACGAUGUUCAUCCGAAUUCGACUUACGCGCGAUUGGCAAGAAAAUAUUGCCCAAAGAUUUAUAGAAUGUAUGCUACAUCAUUCGGGGUUUAGAAGCAGAAGAUAGGAAGCGGUGAAUUUCUGAUCACCUUGAUUUGAUAUAAAAUUAAAUAUUU